AGUCGCUGUCUAGCCUUGCUUGGUCGCACGAAUGAAGCUGACACUAACCGAAAAUGUUAAGCUUGUAGAUGUCAAAUGAUGAUUCACUUAGUUGCUUUCUUGCCGGAACACUUGCAUUAGCUACAGUUCAUCGAUUACCGAAAGAUCAUCUGCAAUUGGCAGAGAGUCUUGGGAGAAGUUAGGCGAUGUACACAAAUCCUACGGGUUUGGAACUUGAGAUAGCGUACUUCAACAUGUUACCCAGUCAAAACGAAGAUCUCUCUAUCAAACCUCUGGAUGCACAUUCACUUUUGGCACUAGAAGCAAUUGAAUCCUGGUUCUACCUCUACAGAAUGACUGGUGACAAAACUUAUCAAGAACUAGCUGGCAAACCCGGCUCCGCCCGGCCCUGUCAUUAUUAUAUUCGAAACAAGGCCCUAUCAAUUUUGAGCCGACGUCCGCGGGUGCGAAAUGGUUAUUCGCCAGUGAAGAGUGUCAAGAAAAUCCCUGUUACAUACAGAGAUCUGAUGGAAUUGUUUAAAUGGCUGAGGUUUCAACUAUCUCUAUCUUCUAUUUGCUGACAAUCAAAAGGAUUUCCAUUGGACAAAUGGGUAUUCAACACCGAAGCCUCCUCUACCAAAUGAUCAUUAGCAUAUGCCCCUGACUAUAGAGAUGAGUACGGAAGUAGCCCUGUCCCUGCUAAUCAGAUCUUGAGAGCUGCCAGCAGCGUUUAUAAUAUGUCAGAUUUUCGCCGCCGAAGAUGCCGUCUCAGUUUAGUUGAGCCAGUUCAAAGCUCAUAAUCGAUUGACCUCAUUGUAAGAGAGAUCAUGCUCAAGAGACUCAUUCUUCAUUAAUUAAUAUGAAAUCACUGACAUUAGCUCUAGUUACCCUUAGACCCCGCACAGAGUUCACGCGAUUUGAUCGCCGCGAUUCAGUUGCGACAAG